AUGUCGAUCGAUGCAGCCAUUAAAUAGCCUUUUGAAUAGCAAAAUUCGGCCACCACAAAUAGAAACUAUAAAGGCACAACAAGGUAUGAGGCAAUCACCCAGGGCCUGGAUCUGCCGAGGUUUGAGAUGGGGGCCAGGGCCUGGCGUCGACUGCUUUCUGACUUUUGUACCUGACGCAAACCUGUACAAAUGGUGUUUUACCCCUCGAGGUUCCGCCCUGUUUUACUGUGCUCCAGAACACACCUGGCUACAUCCUCUGGUGACGUCAUGGCACUUAGGAGGCUCCCAGGACAUGGAGUUCUUUGAGCUCGGAACCCGUGACCUCCUUCCUUUCUACUGCGCCAGAAACGCCAUCCAGUUCUACAAAGCACUUGGGGGUGUGGAAAAGAUAGUUGGCUAUACGAGCGAGCUGGCAGAGAAGGCAAGACAGCUGUUUGAGACAGAGCUAGGCUUGACUCACCUGGACAUGCCAGCCAGCAUGGAGGCUCCCAACAUGAAGAUGUUAAAACUUCCACCGUUCCGAGACUUCCCGUGCCGCGAUGAAAACACUUGGAGCCUGAUGGAGGCGAUAUUUGGCAACACCAAAGUCUUUGGUAUCCUCUCAGCGGUGGAAGGAGACUUCUACUUCCGGUACUCAGUGCAGAUCUACAACGACAUGGACGAUAUCCACGCGGCGGCAGAUGUGCUGAAGGCGUUCAUUCAGAAACAUGCUGCUUAACCCUAUCUGUACGCCCUGGGGGUCAUUUUGUACCCCCGGGGUUGUAUUCUUC